CCUUGACCUUGACCAUCAUCGUCUCUGUUGUUGAUAUCAUCGGCACCCCCAGCUCUACCGAGCGUCAUACGCGCCGUUCCGCCGCCGGAGGGGUUAUACACCACCGAAGUAACGUUCUUGGACAAACAUAUCUCUACAUUAUCGAGCUGAAAUGACAUUGGCAUCUACGUGUAGUCUGCCCCUCUGCUCGUCCUGCACGCGCUCGAUACAGCACAACCCGUCGUACACGCCGAGCCCGCAACUCAACGAAGCGCUGAGACGCGGCUGUGUUCCUGCAGAUGAUUCCCUUCUGGACCGUAUAGCUCGAGCCAAGGAUGCGGAGCAACAAGCGGACGAGAUUGGGCAAGAGCUUGAGCGCCUUGAGGCUCUCGCUGAGACCUUACGAAUGCGCCAACGAGAACUUUCGCAGUUCUCGGCACAACAGCACGGGCUCAUGACACCUAUCCGGCGGCUUCCUGUCGAGCUUCUCGAAAUUAUCCUGCGCUGCGCAUGCGUGGACGACAUUGUCGAAUUUCCCUUCAGCCCGCGCACUGUCUCUGCGCAUGCGAUCAAUGGCGUGUGCCACCUAUGGCGCUCAAUAAUUCAGGAUAGCGGCCUGCUUUGGUCGGCCAAAAUCAGGAUAGACGGAUUCCGGCCGUUUGCCGACGACCGUCAGGAUCGCGAUGCGAGACUCUUCAGGCGCGUCUUAGGCCGUUACUGUCGGCAAUCUGCGCCUGGUCCACUAUCUGUCGAACUCCUUGGCGACCCUAGAGACAUAUGGGCAUCAUGCCUUAACGACAACCUUCGUGCAGCACUGGAAGUGAUAUUUCGCUUCCUUCCAAGAUGGAGGACCGCCAUUCUAUCUAAACAUAUGGUGGACUACCUGCAUACGUAUCUGAAAGCGAACCGGAUCAAGCGGCGACCAGAAAUGCUGGAGGCCGUAGAAGUGGCGCGUGCAGCACCGACGUCGCGGUGUCGGGUCAAGGUCUUCGCCAACGCCACACGCCUUAGAUCAUGGACGCAGCACAUCGACCACUGUCGUUUCCGGCUGCCGUACGCGCAACUCACGUACCUGCACACGUCGUGGCUGUCGUCUCUAACUGUAUGGGAGAUACUCCAGCGUUGUCGCGGGCUGGAAGAGCUGCGCUUGUCUGUGUACAUCGAACCGUCGGUCGAGCGCUGGAGACUGCCGAAGUUUUCCCUCCCGCGGCUCAAGCGCCUCGUCAUGACCGCAGACGAUCCGUAUUCGAUCAGCGACCUCUUUCCGGUACUCGAUGUGCCGCUGCUGGAGGACUUGUGUCUCAACAGAGCCAACUGGCCCGGAGAGGAAUAUCCGGCGAUCGAUGAUGCCUGGGAUUGGCCGGAGCAGGAGUGUCACGACUUCCUCACGCGCUCGGGCUGCAAUCUUCGAAAGUUCGAGCUCAACUAUGUACGCAUAUCGGAGGUCACUCUCUGGCGACUCCGGGAGCGAUUGCCUAGCGCUACUCAGCUUGUCGCCAUGCAUACUCAAGGGCUUUCGGUGCAGGGCCAGAGUAGUCAGGCUUCUGGGUGAGAGCAAACUAUCAAGUUAGUUGGAAGGGCUUUGACUGUGCGUGAAAGCAUCACGAAGGCUUGGCCGAUCUGAUGCGCGGGGAAUACCCCUUGUACUCCGCGCUGGCUUCCGGAACCGCUUUUGUUAUUUGUGGUCAAUCACUCAGAAACACUUAUAUCAUUUGUCAUAAUUGCAAUAGGCGACCGUCGUACUUCUAGGACCAUUGAGAGAAAUUUUUACAGCUUUCGCUCACGUCUGCUAGCUUGUGUGGCACGCACGAGGUCGUCGCGAGCGCGUUUAUACCAAAUACGAUGUGGCGAGCGAGGACGUCAGAGGUGACAGUACGGG